AUGAAUAGAUACGCCAUAGCAACAGACAUAGAGAAGGCUUUUCUUAAUAUUGGUCUAGACGAGAAGGAUCGAGAUGUCACGCGAUUUCUAUGGCUCAGCGACCCUAGCAACCCAGACAGCGACUUGACAACAUACAGAUUCCGUGCAGUCCUUUUCGGAGCUACGUCAUCACCUUUCAUUCUGAGCGCAACAAUAUUGAAGCACCUUGAACUCAACAGCGACAAGAAGGCGAGUGAGUACUUACGACAAGAUCUAUACGUUGACAACGUUAUUUCAAGCUUCCAACAGGAAGAUGAGCUUCUACAGUUCUACAGCGAGUCACGUGAGCUAAUGUCGUCUGCAGAUUUCAACCUGAGGUCCUGGAGUUCUAACAGUAACAAGCUCCGUGUGCAAGCAAUCAAAGAUUCAGUCUUAGAUUUAGAUCGAUGUCCUAAGGUACUCGGCAUGAGAUGGGACACAGAGAGUGACGUUUUACUGUAUCCAGCGAAGAACAUCCCAACUACCCAAAUUAUUACCAAGAGAGAAAUAUUGCAGCAUACGUCCCGACUCUACGAUCCCUUAGGUCUACUUAGUCCAGUUACUAUCAGAGCGAAGCUACUUCUCCAAGAAUUAUGGCAACAGAAGUUUGAAUGGGACAUGCCCUUACCGCACGACAUACAAGAAAAAUGGCGUAGUUUAAUUACAGACUUGAAUUCAGUGACAACCACUACGUUUCCUAGAUACUACUUUGAGAAUACAGCGCAUACAUCCAACUACACCUGUAUUCACAUAUUCUGCGACGCUAGUUUGUUAUCUUAUGGUGCUACGGCAUACGUCUGCAGAGACAACCAGUCUACAUUGAUGAUGGCUAAGACGCGUGUUGCUCCGUUGAAAAAGUUAACGUUACCGAGGUUAGAGCUGAUGGCUGCAGUGAUUGGUUCCAGACUCUGUAAGCACCUGAAGCAGAACACCAGCAUACUACAGAUACACCUUUGGUCAGACAGUCAGAUUGUGUUGUACUGGCUCCAGACGUCCAAGACACUCCAGCGAUUCGUUAGGAACCGUGUGACUGAAAUCCACGAGCUGACCGAAAACCGAAAAUGGAGGUAUUGCCCGACGAAGGACAAUCCCGCAGAUUUACUCACCAGAGGAAUUUCGACAUCGCACUUCAAAAUUAGUAAUCUAUGGUUCCACGGACCUAAAUGGCUCACUACACCUGACAGUUGGCCAAUUUGGCAAGAAAAAGAUACUUAUGCUACUAUGGCAACGAUUACAGAACCAGUACCUACUAGCAAAUCGGAAGAUACAGCUUUACCAGUAAACAACAGCAGUUUUGUCGACAUGUCAAGAUUCAGCUCGUUGGCAAAGUUACUCAGAGUUACAGCUUAUGUACUGCGUUUCAUAGAUAACUGUCGAGGCGGGAGGUCCACUCGAAGUCAACAAACUUUAACUACAGAGGAACUUCACAGGGCAGAGAAGGUGUGCAUACGAAGCUGCCAGAUGUCUAAAUAUCAAGCAGAAGUGAAAGAUAUACAGACCAAGAGAUACAAACUCCCACUAUCUAGACAACUUAAAUUAUUUCUCAACAAUGGAAUUUUGAAGUGCCGUGGACGUAUCCACAAUGCACCACUAAGACGAAUGACCAAGUACCCGUACCUGUUACCAGCUAAACAUCCAUUCACCAACUUGGUUAUCAAGGACGUACACUCAAGAUUACUACAUACCGGCGUUAGUUCAACUAUCACGUUCUUAAGACAGAAGUACUGGAUUCCGUCUAUCCGUCAAAAUGUGAAGGUCAUACUACGUAAAUGUACCUGUUGUAAGAAGAUUGUUGGUAAACCAUACUCAGCACCUGAUCCACCUCCACUACCAAAGAGCAGAGUUUCUGACGUCAAACCGUUUACCUACACAGGAGUAGAUUUCACUGGGGCAUUACUGGUUCGAGAUAACAACAGAAACGACGUUAAGGCAUACCUAUGCUUGUUUACGUGCGCUACUACGAGAGCAGUUCAUCUAGAACUAGUUCCAGAUCUAUCAGCAGAGUCAUUCCUACAAGCAUUCCGACGUUUUUGUAGCAGAAAAUCUGUUCCUCACGUUAUGAUGUCAGACAACGCCAACACCUUCUUAUCAGCAUCCAGACAGUUACAGGAUUUGGUCCAGUCUAUCACAGUUAGAGAAGAACUCAACGACAGAGGAAUUGAGUGGAAGAUGAUACCAAAACGCGCACCUUGGUUCGGUGGAAUGUGGGAACGUCUAAUAGGUCUGACGAAAACAACGAUAAGGAAAGUGUUAGGACGGUCCUAUGUCACCUACCAAACGUUACAAACUGUGAUUACGGAAAUUGAGGCGAUGAUUAACGAUAGGCCGUUGACGUAUGUCACUUCCGGCGCAUUAGAUGAACCGGAAGUACUUACACCAUCACACUUACUUUACGGCAGACGAAUCACCAAACUACCAUACGAAGAAGAUGUCCCUACAAACCCUGUACCGAGUGACCGCCCGUCAGUUAUCAAACGGGCUACGCUACAAAGGACGAUGAUCAACCACUUCCGGGAUAGAUGGCGUCACGAAUACUUAACCGCUUUAAGAGAACGUCAUCAGACGACAGGCAGAAAUGACCAGACGAUAUCUGUUGGAGACGUUGUGCUGGUCCAUGACGAUGUUCCCCGUUUGCUUUGGAAACUUGCUGUGGUUGAAGAACUAGUUCCAGGAAAAGAUGGACUUAUUCGAAGUGCUAAAAUUCGAACUCAAAAUGGACUUACAAAUCGCGCAAUUGUGAAAUUGUAUCCUCUAGAAAUGUAUUAA